CCCUUCGUGCCGCCGCUAACAUGGCGGCGCCCAUCUUGCGGUGCAUUUCCCGUGGCCAGGGGCUUGGUACCCCAGGCCUGUCAGGAGUCUCACCCCUGGGGCUGCGUGAGGCCCACUCGGGCGCUCAGGGGUUGCUGGCGAUGCAGAAGGCUCGGGGUCUGUUCAAGGAGUUCUUCCCUGAGAGGGGUACGAAGACAGAGCUCCCAGAGCUCUUCGACCGUGGCACGGCGGGCAGUUUUCCCCAGACCAUCUACUGCGGCUUCGACCCCACGGCCGACUCGCUUCACGUGGGGCAUCUGCUGGCGCUGUUGGGCCUGUUUCACUUCCAGCGAGCGGGCCACAACGUGAUCGCCCUGGUGGGCGGCGCCACGGCGCGCCUGGGAGACCCAAGCGGCCGUACCAAGGAGCGCGAGGCGCUGGAAGCAGAGCGCGUGCAAAGCAACGCGCGCGCCCUGCGCCAAGGGCUCAAAACCUUGGCGGCUAAUCACCAGCAGCUCUUCGCUAAUGGGCGGACCUGGGGCAGCUUCACCGUGCUGGACAACUCGGCGUGGUACCAGAAGCAGGACCUGGUGGACUUCCUAGCGGCAGUGGGCGGCCAUUUCCGCAUGGGCACGCUACUAAGCCGGCUGAGCGUGCAGACUCGGCUCAAGAGCUCCGAAGGCAUGAGUUUGGCCGAGUUUCUAUACCAGGUGCUCCAGGCCUAUGAUUUCUACUACCUGUUCCAGCAUUAUAGAUGCCGGGUCCAGCUGGGUGGAUCUGAUCAGCUGGGCAAUAUCAUGUCCGGAUACGAGUUCAUCCAUAAGUUGACUGGAGAAGAUGUAUUUGGAAUCUCUGUUCCUCUAAUUACAAGUACAACUGGAGCGAAACUGGGAAAGUCUGCUGGCAAUGCUGUGUGGCUAAACAGAGAUAAGACAUCUCCUUUUGAAUUGUAUCAAUUUUUUGUCAGGCAGCAAGAUGAUUUGGUAGAAAGGUACCUGAAGCUCUUCACUUUUCUGCCCCUUCCAGAGAUUGACCACAUAAUGCAGCUGCAUGUCAAAGAGCCAGAAAAGCGGGGUCCUCAGAAACGACUUGCUACAGAAGUAACAAAGCUUGUUCAUGGACAAGAAGGGCUGGACUCUGCUAAAAGGUGUACACAAGCCCUUUAUCAUAGCAGCAUAGAGGCACUGGAGGUCAUGUCUGAUCAAGAGUUAAAAGAACUGUUUAAAGAAGCUUCAUUUUCUGAAUUAGUUCUUGACCCUGGAACAAGUGUCCUAGAUACGUGCCGCAAAGCAAAUGCCAUUCCAGGUGGUCCCCGAGGGUAUCGGAUGAUAACAGAAGGUGGAGUCAGUAUAAAUCACAGACAAGUAACAAAUCCUGAGAGUGUUUUAGUUGUUGGACAACAUAUUCUUAAGAAUGGGCUUUCGUUACUUAAAAUAGGAAAAAGGAACUUCUACAUUAUAAAAUGGCUUCAGCUAUGAUGAAAACUCCUUCCAGUGGUUCAAACUUAUCCAUCAUUCAUUCUCAAGAUGUACGAAUUUAUACCUUCACUUAUGCAACUCAAAGACAAAGAAUGGAGUGUACUCUAGGCCUCACAGUGUGAGUAAUUUCAUUAUUUAUAUAGGUUGGUUAAGUUUGUGUAAUAGUGGGAUAUUUUAUUUCCUGAUCCUUAAACAUUAAGGACUACCACAGAAAAGCAUGAUUUCUAGAGUUAAUCUCUAUUUUAAUAAUUAUGCUUUAUGAAAAACUAAAUGCUGUCUUUCCUAUCCUGUCCUUGCUGUUUUGGAGAUGAGGAGGAACAAUGAAAAAGAGGUAGUAUAAGUAAUUGUGGAUACUUUUAUAUCAGGGGUAUAUCUCAUUAGAGGUUUUUUGUUGUUUAGGAAGCAAAUACAGCUCUCCGUAAAAAGAGAGAAAAGUUAGAGGAAGCCAUAGCUGGCAUUAGAAAUUACAGUAGAAAUAGUUUCUUUUCAAGGAAAAGAAAAGUCAGUACUUGAUUUUUAAGAAAGUUUCUAAUUCAGUUUUCCAGUCCCUUGACUGUGUUUCCAAAUUAAAUUUACUCAUAGCCUUGUUUUCUAAAAUUCAGUAAAAAAAAGGUAGCAAUGUCUUAUAAAUUUAUCAACUUUUAAAUUAGUUUUAAGUUUCAACUUAUGUCCCCAAGCAGAUUGCAGCUUGAGAUGAACUGAAAAGUUAAGUAACCAACAAGAUAAAAUAGAGGCAAAAUAUAUACACUAAAUAUCUAAUCAUUUGAGAAUAUCAAAAGACAUUCCAGUAAGGGAAGUUUUCAGGUCAAAUUUAAAGGAUUUGGAAUCAAGACUUAGUUAAAUUAAGCUCUACAUUCUUUAGGCAAGUUGAUUCUCCAGAACUAUUUCCAACAUCUGAAAUAUCAAAGGUAAUAGCACCCCUAUUUCCCCUGAGCAUCAAGUGAAGCACAAAAUAAACACAAAAUGGUUUGCAAUCAGAUGUGUUCUAGAAAAAUCUUACAGGCAGCAAAGCAUGGCUUUAGAGUUCAAAUUCUAGCUAUUUACUACCUGGAUUACUUGGAGCAAGUCAUUAUCUUCAUAUGCAAAAAAUGGAGAUGUAAUAAUACCUCAGUCAAUUAUGAAAAUCUAAAAAGAAGAAAGUCAUAAAACUUUCAUACAGUAUAAGCUGUAUUGCUAUGUUCCAAAGUAGAUUUAUAUGUUAAAAAAGCUAUAGUUUAUCUAAACCUUCUUCUGGGAGUAAAGUUAGGAAGAAUUCAUUUAUUGACAAACUUUAAUGUCACUUCAUACCAGCAAGUUUAUUUACAUAGUAAGAACAUACAGGUAUCCAUUAUAAAUGUCAGAGAUCAUCUCUGCAUUUCAGAACUUUACUCAGUUUAAGUGUCAACAAAAGGAGGUUUUCUCUUUGCAUACCUCUUGUCUCUGUUUUUCUUUGUACACGGUGUAUAGUACUAGCAAGUGCAUUAUCAUAGCAGGUAAUGUUUUCAAUUUGAAAUUUGCUGGAGCAAGGUGCAUUGUAAGUUUUCUUCCCCCCUUACAAAUUAAAAAAGCUAGACUAGAAUGGAAGUCAUCUGAUCUAUCUGAAACAAGUAAAUCAUGGAUGGCUAUAAUUUCAAAACUGAGGUUUAAUAAUGGCAGAGUGAUUUUAAAGUAUGCUAAUAAACAUUCUGGAAGCAUGUAUUCUAUGAAGGUGGUACUGCUAAGUAUAAGUAGUACCAUAUCAUAUCAGACUGAAUCUGUUUUUUUAUGCUUGAGAUCAGUUGCUGAGUCUCUUGUCUCUUAGUACAGUAAAUGGGUGCCAUUAGCCAAGAGUAACAGACAUAUUCAUAUGUUCCUGCCAAUAGUCCUUCAUAAAUGUCGUAACUUAAAAAUAGACUUUAAUAUCUGUAAUAUGUAAUUUAUCAUUUUAAAACUUAUAAUGUAAUUCAUAUCAAGAAUCACCUGGGGAAUUUUGGUAAAAUGUGUAUAUGUUCUAAACCUUACUCCCAACCCCUGAAAGCCUUUAGGAGUAUGUGUGUGUGUCAGGAUGUUUUUCCUUAAAUAAUAAAGCCCCACCAUUACUUCCUA